AUGAUUGUUCUAAAUUCUCCUACUUUGACCACGGCUACCUCUCAUCACUCCGACGCCACAGCUCUUACCGCACCAUCCAGACAUCCCUCUAUCAUGAAUCGUGUCCAACAGGACUCUCCCAUAUACAAGAUCCUCAUCAUUGGUGGUUCUUAUGCUGGUCUCUCUGCAGCUGUCAAUCUCCUUGAUCUUCAGCGUGGCUCGCAGCCGCGCCAAAGCAGAGAGCCCUAUAUACAUCAGCGCCAGCUCCCAAAGCACAACAUCGAAAUUACGAUUAUAGAUGAGCGCGAUGGCUUCUACCACCUUGUCGGGUCACCUUUGGCCUUGUUCGAUGAGGAGUAUGCUAAGAAGACCUGGAUUAAGUAUCAAGAUAUCCCAGAAAUGCAUGGUUCACUUAUCAAGCAUAUACACGGAGCCGUGACGGAAGUCGAUUGUGUUGAAAAGAAAGCAGUGGUCAUUGACAGAGCCACCAAGACGCGGCUGAUCCAGUCCUACGAUAUUCUUGUCGCAACCUCAGGUCUACGCCGUGCCUGGCCUAUUGCCCCUCGAGCCAAAACGAAAGAUGAAUUCUUAUCUCAUAUAGUGCACCAUACGACGAGUGUUGAAGGUGCCUCACGUGGUGUCGUCAUUGUUGGUGGCGGGGCUGUCGGUGUUGAAAUAGCUGCAAAGCUCAAGUCGUGUAUCCCGAAACUCACAGUAACCCUCGCUCAUUCAAGAGAUACACUUCUAUCCUCAGAACCAAUUCCUGAUGAAGCCAAGGGAAAGAUUCUCGAGCUUCUGAGGGACACUGGGGUUAGGGUAUUGAUGAAUCAUCGUUUGAGCCAAAUCACUGAUGAGCAGACGUCGGAUGGACUUCAUGAAUUCCGUCUCGAAUUCAACAAUGGCAUGCAGAUGGUGGCUAGCAAAGUCAUAUACGCCAUCUCACAGAGCGUGCCCUCGACCGAAUACCUGCCAGCAUCGGCUCUCGAUUCGAAUGGCUACGUCGAGGUCUUGCCAAAUCUGAACUUAAAGCCGGGAACGCCAAACUAUCAAGAUCAUUUUUCAGCGGGCGACAUAGUGCAGUGGCCGGGGAUCAAACGUUGUAGUGGCGCGAUGCACAUGGGGCAAUUAGUCGCACACAAUGUCCACCAGCGCAUCAUACAGAAGCUUACUGGCAGGGAACCUGCGAUGAAGGACCUGGAACAGUUCUCGCCCAUGAUUGCUGUCGCCCUCGCCAAGAGUGCUGUUGCUUACGCACCGCAAACGGGCGUCGCAUGGGGAGGUGAUGUGCUGCAAACAUAUUUUGGGGGCGAUAUGGCCUUGUCAUCUAGGCUGCUAGACGAGCCUCGCACGAGGGAGACGGUUCCAGGCCCAAGGAGCCGCCGCAUGCCUCUCAGUUGCGAGCCAUGUCGCCAACGGAAGAUCAAAUGCCCACGGAACGACAGCCGUGGCCAAAUGCCUUGCAACACUUGUGUACGCAGGGGUAUACCUGUCACUGAGUGCAUCUAUCUACGAGAUCAAUCGUCACGGCGUAACGUCCUGAUGCCUCGACAUGGCGCUAACUCGGCUCUUGUGGCUCGCAUUGACCGGUUGGAAGAAUUACUGCGACAAAGCGCCUCGGGUGCGGGUUCAGAGCUUAGGAAGCUACAUACAGAGCUAGAUCUCGAACCCGAACUGGAACCAGAACCGGAACCGGAACAGGCAGUAGAUUUAUUGUCGCCAGAAUCGACUCUGCAUCCGUCGGCAACCACUUGGUCUUCCGCUCAAAGUGAUGCGUCUCCCACCCAACCUCAUUCAAGUAUGCCGCCAGUAGGAGUUAUUAUCCGAUCUGAAUCUGGCCAUGAGCGAUUCGAGCCAGCCUCUUCACAAUGGUCGCCUGUGAUUCAAAACAACCCUGUUGUUAUUGGCGCUAAGACGAACACGGAUGAGAAUAUAUCGGGAUCGGUGCCAUUUUCCAUGAUUAGCUCAAAUACUACUGACCUGCUGGAGUUGCUCCCCCCUGCCUCGUAUUGUGAGCAACUCAAGAACCUCUAUUUCGAAGCAUUUGCACCUCUUUUCCACAUCCUACACGACCCUACGUUCGAAAUGGACUACCUUCGCUUUCAAUCCGAUCCCGAGAAAGUAUCCUUGCCUUGGCUUGCGCUGCUGUUCGCCAUACUCAGCAUAGCCGUCAUCGCACUUCCUCAAGAUAGCCCGCUUCUUCGAGAGCUAGGCAAACGCAAUUCUGCGCUCGAUAGCAUGUCGCUACUCAGCAGCCGCUAUAGAGGAGGAGUCAUGAAGUGCCUCGAAGCAGACCACUAUCUCUGGAGACAUAACCUGAACACUCUGCAAGCUAUGGUAAUUCUCAUCUACGGAAUCAAUCAUACUCAUGGACAAUCUUGGGCUUUGCUUGGCACGGCACGGAAUAUCGCACUCUCUCUGGGCUGCCAUGUUGAGCCAACAAUCUUUCAGAUAGAACCAAUCAGCGUGGAGGAGAGACGUCGAUGCUGGGCUGGACUCAAAAUGCUUUACACAAUACAGAACACGACUCUGGGCAUGUUGGACGCCACUCCUAUACCUUCGACUGUGAACCCUCCGCUUGAUAUCAACGAUGAUGAGCUUGUCGUUGGCUAUCAAAUCCCGGAAUCUCGAAACGGGCCGACCCAGAUGUCUUAUUUAUUACUCAAAUUUGAGCUUUACGACCUCUGCACCCGCAUAUGUAGCCAGGUGUUCGAAACGUCACGCACGCUCACAUACAACAAAGUUCAGGCCCUCGAUGCGGAGAUAUCAGCUAUGCGAGACAAGUUGAACUACAAAUAUCUAUUUGACGUCUCAAUUGCAGCCCAUCACUCUGUCCAGCUGAAUAUCCUUUUCGGCUAUACACACCAGCUCACGCUCCUCCUCCACCGACCAGUCUUGCGACAAGGAGCCUCUGGCUAUUCUCGCGAAGACUGGCUGGCUUCCCAGAUCAAAUGCAUUGAGAGUUCGAAAGAAUUGCUUGGUAUACAUCGGGUACUCCAUGAAGAUCCCAGCUUCUCUCCGUACCAAUGGUAUAACCGCGGACUGGGGAGCUUUCACGCAUUUCAUGCUGCAGUCUGUCUUGCUCAUAUCUGCAUGAGCGGGAAGAAUCUCGAUCCUCAAACCAAGACCUCCUUUCAGAAACUGGUUCGUGACUCGCUUCACGUGUUUCGGUAUUUCAUGGAAACUGGGAUUAGUGCAAUUUGCAACAAAGCAACGCCAAUUCUGGAGAAACUAUUGUACGGUCAUGAUGAAUCCGCAGGAUACUCGUGA